CCGGGCCACACCAUCCUACGGGGAUAUGUCAACAACAAAAAGUCUUAUUCGAGGGGGAAUUCUUAUGCACGUUCUGGUCUCCACGGCUGUCCAUGCCCACAAAUUAAACUGUUGGCUUCUCUAGGGAAUAGUUUCAUUAUACUUUAGUUUAUCAUGGCCUUUACCAUGCUUCGGCCGGUGGCAACUUACCCCUUCUCCUCAUAUCCUCCUGACUUCAACAUGAUGUCGGACGACGAGGGGAAUCGCAGCGGGAGCGACGCCAGCUCGGACCAGAGCUAUGGAUGCUGUGCCUCUUCAGAGAAGACUUGUCGGAAGAUUUCCCGCGUGGUGGGAGUCGGUGGGGUUGUUGUGGUCAAACAGCGCAACACAGCCAACGCCAGGGAGCGAGACCGGACCCAAAGCGUCAACACCGCCUUCACCGCGCUCCGGACACUCAUACCCACAGAGCCGGUGGACAGAAAGCUCUCCAAAAUUGAAACGCUCCGGUUGGCGUCCAGCUACAUCUCGCACUUGGCCAACAUUCUUGUAAUUGGGGACGGGUGCGAGGAUGGGCAGCCGUGCUUGAGUGCAGUGUAUCGCGUGCAAGGAGAUGGCGAGGGGAAGCAACCCAGAACAAUCUGCACCUUUUGCUUGAGCAACCAGCGGAAAGGGGGGAAAGAUGGUCGGGGUUGUCUGAAAAUGCAUGCAACCCGUGCACUACGAAUGAGCCGAAGAUAGACAACUCUCAAAUUCCAAGGAUGGUUUAGUUCAAGUCCGCACCUCAGGGAAAAACUCCAGCUAUCACACCUACUCCUACACAGACCGACAUAGGCCAGAAUGCCUUCGAACUGCGGAAAAAGACUGUAAAGAAUAUGACUGUCAAAAAAAUAAUGUUCCUCUCAUAAUGCUGGUUUGGUGAAAUGUGAUUUUGGAGGAACAAAUUAGACUAUUUGGUUGCCUUUUCAACACCAUUUUGUAUUUUGCGUUGAAAUUAAAUAUAUUUUUACAUAGUU